AGGACGAGGAGGAGGAAGAGGAGAGGGAGGAAAAUCAGGAAAAGGGGAAUAGCUUCCAUGCUGUACCUCUUCGAAGGGCUGGGGCUUUCCGUGCCCACAGCCACACCCAUGACCCCUUCAAAAGACAUAGCUGGGGGCCUGGCCGGGAGUUCCAGGACCCACUGAGCAGGAGGCUGCAGUCAUCGGGAUGCCCAGGCCCCGAGGGAGCCUGCUCACUGCAGAGCCAAGAGGAGCUGAACACCCUCCUGGGACCACAGCAGCAGGGCGGCCAGCCCUCCCGCCUGGACUAUUUAGACUUUCUAUUUCUUCCUGAUUCAGUUUUGGGCCAGGGCUCCUGCCACCCAUCCGCGGACUCUCUGGGCCACGCGACUACCCACAUGCUUUGCAAGUCUGUAUCUAUGAGUGGCAUCAACUGCCUCCUGGACUACUCGGAUCCAGAGGGGAAUUUGUCCCAGUCCUCUGCCACUGACCUCAGCACUCGCUGCAGCCGGCUGGAAGGGGGAUCGGGCACCUGGGCAGGCUCCUCCCUGCGACGGACCUUCAGCUUCCUCUUGGGCAUGACCGGCAAAGCCAAGACCCGGGAAAAGGAGAGGAUGAAGGAAGCCAAGGAUGCCCGCUAUACCAAUGGGCACCUCUUCACCACCAUCUCAGUAUCAGGCAUGACCAUGUGCUAUGCCUGUAACAAGAGCAUCACAGCCAAGGAAGCCCUCAUCUGCCCAACCUGCAAUGUGACUAUCCACAACCGCUGUAAAGACACCCUGGCCAACUGUACCAAGGUCAAGCAGAAGCAACAGAAAGCCGCUCUGCUGAAGAACAACUCUGCCCUGCAGUCUGUUUCUCUCCGCAGUAAGACAACCACCCGCGAGCGGCCUAGCUCUGCCAUCUACCCCUCCGACAGCUUCCGGCAAUCCCUCCUUGGCUCCCGCCGUGGCCGAUCCUCCUUGUCUUUAGCCAAGAGUGUUUCCACCACCAACAUUGCUGGACAUUUCAAUGAUGAGUCCACCCUGGGGCUGCGCCGGAUCCUUUCACAGUCCACAGACUCCCUCAACAUGCGGAACCGAACCCUCUCGGUAGAAUCCCUUAUUGACGAAGGUGCAGAGGUGAUCUACAAUGAGCUGAUGAGUGACUUUGAGAUGGAUGAGAAGGAUUUCGCAGCCGAUUCCUGGAGCCUUGCUGUGGAUGGCAGCUUUCUGCAGCAGCAUAAGAAGGAGGUGAUGAAGCAGCAGGAUGUCAUCUACGAGCUAAUCCAGACGGAGCUGCACCAUGUGAGGACGCUGAAGAUCAUGACCCGCCUCUUCCGCACGGGAAUGCUAGAGGAGCUGCAGUUAGAGCCAGGAGUGGUCCAGGGCCUGUUCCCCUGUGUGGAUGAACUCAGUGACAUCCAUACACGCUUCCUCAGCCAGCUGUUGGAACGCAGACGCCAGGCCCUAUGCCCUGGCAGCACCCGGAACUUUGUCAUCCAUCGCUUAGGUGACCUGCUCAUCAGCCAGUUUUCAGGUCCCAGCGCUGAGCAGAUGCGGAAGACCUACUCGGAGUUCUGCAGCCGCCAUACCAAGGCCUUAAAGCUCUAUAAGGAGCUGUAUGCCCGGGACAAACGCUUCCAGCAGUUUAUCCGGAAGGUGACCCGCUCGGCUGUGCUGAAGCGGCACGGAGUCCAGGAAUGCAUCCUGCUGGUGACCCAGCGUAUCACCAAAUACCCAGUGCUCAUCAGCCGGAUCCUGCAGCAUUCUCACGGGAUGGAGGAGGAACGCCAGGACCUGACAGCAGCCUUGGGGCUGGUGAAGGAGCUGCUGUCCAAUGUGGACCAGGAUGUGCACGAGCUGGAGAAAGGGGCCCGCCUGCAGGAGAUCUACAACCGCAUGGACCCUCGGGCCCAGGCCCCGGUGCCUGGCAAGGGCCCCUUCGGCCGAGAAGAACUGCUGCGGCGCAAGCUCAUCCAUGAUGGCUGCUUGCUGUGGAAGACAGCAACGGGGCGCUUCAAAGAUGUGCUGAUGCUGCUGAUGACAGAUGUGCUGGUGUUUCUCCAGGAGAAGGACCAGAAGUACAUCUUUCCUGCCCUGGACAAGCCGUCAGUGGUGUCACUGCAGAAUCUCAUCGUACGGGACAUUGCGAACCAGGAGAAAGGGAUGUUUCUGAUCAGCGCGGCCCCACCUGAGAUGUAUGAGGUGCACACAGCAUCACGGGAUGACCGGAGCACCUGGAUCCGCGUCAUUCAGCAGAGUGUGCGCGUAUGUCCAUCCCGGGAGGACUUCCCCCUGAUCGAGACAGAAGAUGAAGCUUACCUGCGGCGCAUCAAGAUGGAGCUGCAGCAGAAGGACCGGGCACUGGUGGAGUUGCUGCAGGAGAAGGUCGGGCUGUUUGCAGAGAUGACCCACUUCCAGGCAGAGGAGGACUCCGGCAGUGGGAUUCCCCUGCCAACCCUGCCCAGGGGCCUUUUCCGUUCUGAGUCCCUCGAGUCACCUCGUGGCGAGCGGCUGCUGCAAGAUGCCAUCCGUGAGGUGGAGGGCUUGAAAGACCUGCUGGUGGGGCCUGGUGUGGAGCUGCUCUUGACGUCCCGGGAACCAGCACUGCCCUUGGAACCAGACAGCAGUGGGAACACGAGUCCUGGGGUCACUGCCAAUGGCGAGGCCAGAACCUUCAAUGGCUCCAUUGAGCUCUGUAGAGCUGACUCGGACUCCAGCCAGAAGGAUCGGAAUGGAAAUCAGCUGAGAUCCCCCCAAGAGGAGGCGUUACAGCGUUUGGUCAACCUCUAUGGACUUCUCCAUGGCCUGCAGGCGGCUGUGGCCCAGCAGGACACUUUGAUGGAAGCCCGGUUCCCUGAGGGCCCUGAGCGGCGGGAGAAGCUGUCAAGAGCUAACUCCAGGGACGGGGAGGCUGGCAGGGUUGGAGCCCCUGUGGCUCCUGAAAAGCAGGCCACAGAGCUGGCGUUAUUGCAGCGGCAACACGCACUGCUGCAGGAGGAGCUGCGGCGCUGCAGGCGGCUGGGUGAAGAGCGGGCAACGGAGGCUGGCAGCCUGGAGGCCCGGCUUCGAGAGAGCGAGCAGGCCCGGGCUCUGCUGGAGCGGGAGGCCGAAGAGGCUCGAAGACAGCUGGCCGCUUUGGGCCACACUGAGCAGCUCCCAGCCGAGGCACCCUGGGCUCGCAGGCCUCUAGACCCUCGACGACGUAGCCUCCCAGCGGGCGAUGCCCUGUACUUGAGCUUCACCCCCCCACAGCACAGCCGAGGCCAUGACCGUCUGGAUCUGCCUGUGACAAUUCGCUCCGUGCACCGAUCCUGUGAGGACCGAGAGCGGCAGGAGCUGGGCAGCCCCGAGGAGCGGCUGCAGGACAGCAGUGACCCUGAUACUGGCAGUGAGGAGGAAGGUAGCAGCAGUCGUCUGACUCCACCCCACAGUCCACGAGAUUUCACCAGAAUGCAGGACAUCCCAGAGGAGACAGAGAGCCGUGACGGGGAGCCGCUGGCUUCAGAGAGCUAAGGGGGCUCCUCCCCCUGCCUGGUGCCCCACUGAAGAACAUUACUGCUGGGGCAGAUGUCGGGGGACUCCAAUCUGCUGAUGAUGAGGGAACAUUUGAAAGAACUGCUGAUUGUCCUUGCCAGCUCUUGGGAUCCUUGGAUACCUGGGGCCAUUGAGGAAACUGGGGGAUUUAGGUCACAAUGCCCCCCAGUGGCAUCCAAAAGCUACACCACAGAUGCCAAUUUGUCAUGCCUUCUUCCCUCUACUUUAGGAAAAUUUAUUUAUUUAUUGUUUAUUAGUGAUGGGGGGAGAGGGAAGAUUUAAAGGACCAGGGACAUGGGAACCAAGCCAUAGGGAUCGGGGGCCUUGUCCUUUUACACUACUGGGGUACGUUCAGGCUUCCCCAGCAGCCGCUGACCGUCCCCAGCAAUACCCACCUGUGACAAAAGACUGCAGCCACAGGACCCUCCUGCCCCUCUAAGGAGAGCUGUGGGCCAGCCGUGUCCCUCUCCCCACUCCCUUCACCCUCUCCUCCAGGAAACCCUUCUCCCUUCUCCUUGUCCUCCAGGAAACCCAGGGAGGGUACCGGCUCCCUGGAGUUGAUGGAGGUGAGAUUAGGGUGGCCAUAAUGGUUUGCUGAGGGUGAGGGAAAAAACCCGCAGGGACCAGAAUGUUUUGUUGUUUUCUUUUCUUUUUUGUACCAAAGCCAGCUGCACGUGUUUUAUAUUUUUAAGAGAAGACGUAGGCCAUUAGAGAUCACACCCUUUCUAUCUCCACAAUUUAAGGGGUGGGGGAGACAGGGACUUCUCCCCCCAUCUCCAGUCAUAGGGCUCCUAUUCCGACCUCUUUGUCAGCCAUUUGGAGAAAGUUCUAGGGUGCGUUGAGAAAUCUCUACAAACCCUGACUUCAUCUCCCACCUCAGUGACCAUGACUUGAAACUUCAUUGUGAAUUUGGAGAAUUUUUCAGUGGACAAUGCCCACCAGCUCCAGCCAUUUUUCUGCCAAUUUGAUUGUUUUAAAAAAAAAGAAGAAGAAGAAAAAAACACAGGAAAAUUAAAGACCUGAAACCCUAUGAA